UAGAUACCGAUAAGAACUGAAAUUCAUUGAAAUGGGCUUUGUCACCCAUAAUCUCAUCUUUCCUAAAUCAGCCCUCACAAGGACAAACGCGGAUGUAGUUGAGAGAAAAUGAGCAAAUGCCAGAUGCAUAGCAAGUGGUACCAAGACUUAAGUUGCACAGAAAUGCAAAUACAGUGUGUGAGCAGCGCCAAAAGAACUGCUGCGAUGAGGAGGUCGUGACAAAUAACUGGCCUACGAUUACAUCUCGAGCCACCGUUUCUACCCGGUGGGAUUAUUCCGAGUUAAUGAUACGUGGGCGUGGGGAGAAAACAUUGUUUCGUUAAAGAGCCGGCGAAGUCUUUUUUUUCAAAGGAUCUUUUUGAAAUAUCACUUUACUUGAAAAACGAGGGGGCUGAACAGAGAAUGGUCACUUAGCUCCCUUCCUGUGAGCCUCGACAACAGAGAACAAUUACAGCAUUUUUUUCUUGUCUGUAUUACUAAAUAAAAUCUGUCUCAGAAACUGUCUUUUUUAUUAACAUUUUUUGCUUUAGACAAGAGGCAGACAAAUUCUGAAUCAGCGUCCCCCUACAGGCCAUGGAGUGAAGCGAUUUAUCCUUAUCCUUGGUUUUUUUCAUCUGAAAAACUGGGAAGAUUAUAACCCACUUACAGAGCAGUCGUCAAGAUUAAAUAGAACAAGUUCAAAGGGGAAAAGCCUUUGUUCCCUGAAUAAUCUCACUAAGAAAUACAUUAUCAAGCCACUGGUUGAAUUUUCAUCAAAAAAAAGGUAUGGAGAGGAAGGUUGGUGUCAGGUCUUUCAGGGAUGAUGAGAUGAAAAAAUAUUAUUCUCCGAAGGCACUACCCACAAAAAAGUCUUCUGCCUUCUCUGGGAGAGUUCCCAGAACCAAUCACCCAGUGAAAUAUGGUGCCUCAUAUUCUGGGACCCGACGAGACCGAUUAAGAGAAUUGUGCAUCAGAUGUGUGGCCAGAAAAUUUUUGUAUUUAUGGAUGCGAAUGACUUUUGGAAGAAUAUUUCCUUCUAAAGCCAGAUUUUACUAUCAGCAAAGAAUACUACGGAAGGCUUUAGAAGGAUGGAAAGAAGAAUGGUGGGUUUCUCACCGAGAGUGGAAACUCUGUGUUCGAGCUGACUGUCAUUACAGAUACUACUUGUACAGCCUGGUAUUUCAGAGUUGGAAGGCCUAUGUGCAGCAGCAGCAGGAGAUGAGGAAUAAGUAUAUGAAAGCCAAGGAUCAUGGUGCAAAGCAAAAGAUGCGACAGGCCUGGAAGUCAUGGUUGAUCUAUGUGGCUGUUCGUAGGACAAAACUUCAGAUGCAAACCACUGCUGUGGAAUUUAGACAGCGGAGUAUCUUAUGUUUGUGGUGGAGCAAGUGGAAGCAGCAACUGGGACAGGCCCACAUGAACCAUGCUUUCUAUGCCACAGCCGUAAAGCACAGGGCCUCCAGCCUCCAGCUGCAGGCUUGGUCUCAGUGGAAGGAGCAGCUCCUACUGAGCCAGAGGGAGAAAUGGAAGGUGAUCUCAGCAGUGCAACAUCUUCAGUGGUGGCAAAAGAGGAAGUCCCUGAGGGCCUGGCUUGAAUAUCUGAACGUGCGCAGAGUAAAGAGACAGCAGAAUGAGAUGGCUGAGCGAUUGCAUCGUGUCACUGUGCUCCAGAUACAUUUCUAUGACUGGCGGUGGGCCUGGGAGCAGAGGCAGAGCUUGUAUGCCCACCAGGCCCUAGUGGAAGAGCUGGCCAGGAAGAUGGCAUUGCGGAGGGUCUUCUCACACUGGAGACACUAUGUGUUACUGUGUACAGAAGAAACUGCCCAGCGCAAAGUGGCAGAACGGCACCACCACUGCAGCCUGCUGAAAUUUUGCUUUAGAGCCCUAAAACACAAUAUGAGCCAAGUCCAUCUCCAGCAAAUAAGAAGGAAUCUUGCACACCAGCAGCAUGACAUGAUGUUGCUACAUAGGUUCUGGAACCUCUGGCAUUCUCGGAUUGAGCAGAGGGAAGAAAAAGAGCUGCUCCCCUUACUGAGCAUAGCUUGGGGUCACUACAGGGUAACAUUGCUACACAAGUCUAUCAAGUCGUGGUUACUUUAUACUCAGAAAAGAAGAUACAAGCAGCAACUGCAGGCCAGAGCAGAUGAUUAUUUCCAGCAAAGAGCCCUGCCUGCUGCCUUCCACAUGUGGAGUAGACUCUGGCGAUGGUACCAGCGGGAAAACGUCCUCAACACAAGAGCAGCCUGUUUUCACAGGGAGACAUUAGAGAAGCAGAUGUUUACUGUCUGGUGGCAGAAGAUGUUUUGGCAUCGAGAAAACCGCUUGGCAGAGAGAAUAGCCAUCCUCCAAGCAGAAGGGCAGCUUCUGCGUAGGUUCUGGUCCAUGUGGCACCAGCGGGCAGCAGCAUGUCACCAGGAGCGAGAGUGGGAAGCAGUGGCCUGUGCCCAGCAUCACCACAGACAGCUCAGAAAUGCUUUCUGUGUCUGGAAGCAGAGUGCCCACGGGCUCAGAACAGAGAGGAUGAGCAGGGUGCAGGCUGCACAGUUCUACUCAGGGUGGCUCUUGCGCUGGGCCUGGAGCAGGUGGAGGGAGAGCCUGGCCCUGCAGGCAGCUGAACAACAAAAGCUGAUGCAGGCUGACCUGCACAGCCAGCAUGCUAUGCUGCGAAGAGCACUGCGAAAGUGGCUGGCUUACCAGAGCAGGGUGAGGAGCAUCCUACAGGAAGCGGCAGUCAGAGAGAGCAAGCACAACAGGCAGCUGAUUCGGUGGGCGUUACAUUGCUGGAGAAAGAACACUGAGGCCCGUGCAGAUGAGGCCAGAAAAUCCUCUCAAGCAUUCGCCCACUACAGAAGGACCAUGUGUUCCAAGGUACUGGUUCAGUGGCAGGAGGUGACAUCAAUGCAGAUAUACUACCGACAGCAGAAGGCCUGUGCCCUCAGGGAGGCCCGGAAGAUGCUAGAGAAGGGUUGUCUCCGCACAUGGUUUCAGCAUUGGCAGGAUCGUAGCCAGAGAGCUGCCCAGCAGAAAGCCCAGUUGGAGAGGGCAGUCCAGCAUCACCACCAGCAGCUGCUGCGGGAGACAGUGGCACAUUGGAAGAUGUACCAUCUGGGGUGUGUCAGGAAAAGGAUCCUGCAGCAGCAGGGCACCCAACUCUUGGUGCAGAGACUCAGCUGGGCCUGCUUCCAGCAGUGGAAACAACAGCUAGUGGCCAAGAGGCUGGAGCAACAGAGUACAGCAAAGGCCCUGUGGUUCUGGGCUUUCUCUCUACAGGCAAAGGCUUGGGCUGCAUGGCUGGGCUUCAUGCAAGAGAGGAAGAGGAAGAAGGUCCGGCUGGAGCAGGCUGUGCAGGCCUACCACCGGCAGCUCCUCCAGGAGGGCACAACCCGGCUUCUGUGCUUCACAUCCAGCAUGAAGGCCUUCCGGCAGCAGCUGCUGGCGCAGCAGCAGGUCCAGGCAACCCAGAGUCUUCACCGUAUAGUCCGCCGCUGUGCUGAGAUCUGGAAACAGAAGGUGCUGGGCCCAGGCAGGGAGUCUCAGCCCUUGGCAUCCAUUGCACCUGGCAGGAGAGUGACGUUUGAGGGUCCCCUUCUUGACUUUGUUGCUACUGGAGCUGGGGAUGCCACUUCGGAAGCCAAGAAACUACAAGCUCAGCAGCCUCGGAGAGCCCCGGGGAGCCUGACACUGGCUGCUGGGGAGCCCCAGCUUCUGGAGCUCAGUGCUGCCCGCUCAGCAAGGAAACAGCCACGACGCCCAAGUUUUCUGCUGGAACCCAUGCAAAGCCAAAGGUCCUCAGGGCAUGGCACACUCAAGGGGCAGGGGCCUGAGAAGCUUCAGGAACAAGGCCAAGGGCUGGCCUGGCCAGCAGGCACUUCCCUGACCAGACCCUUCUUCACUGGGGCCCUGCCAAGUAGUCCUGGCCUGAAGGUACCUUCUGAGGCAAGUCCAAGCCCAGAGCUACUCCCUCCUUCCUCCUUCAUGCCGCUCAGGACAGGAGCACCAGCCAGGAUGUUAGCACAGCCCACCAUCUCUAGGACUAAGCCCCAGGUUCCCCGAACUCUGGCCUGUGACCCUGACCCUCAUCUGCUUCUGCCUGAGGACUUCACAGGCUCCAGGGCCAGGUCUAGUCUUGUCUCUGAAGCUGGCCACACAGACCUUGAGGCUGAGCUGGAAGGGAUCCAGCAGCAAUUACAGCACUACCAGACCACCAGGCAGAAUCUCUGGUCCUGCCAGCGACAAGCAAGCAGCCUACGAAAGUGGCUGGAGCUGAACCAGGAGGAGCCCAGGGCUGAGGACCAUGAUGCAGAGCAGCAGAUACAGAAAGAGCUGGAGGAGGUGGAACUGCAGAUUCAGCAGCUGUCCGGGGAGCUUCAGGCCCAGCGCCAGCCCAUCCGUUCCUGCAUAGCGCGCAUCCAGGUCUUGCAGCAGGCUUUGCGCUAGUGGGCUCACCCCAGGGAGACAAGUGCUGUGGUUGCAGGGUAGGCUUCAGGCCAUCUCCAGGAACAUAAAACAAUGCUAGCAUGAGUUUUAUGGGGUUUUUAUUUCAAAAUGUCUUGCAAUUAAAUGAAUUACUGUUCAGAA